UCCACCGGAGGAUGGCGCUGUCGCCCAGUGUGUGGCCGUGAUUCGAGCACUGUGUACUGUUUGCUGUGUGCUUGUGUAGGCUACUGCAUGCAUGUGUGUAACGGAGGGAGAGAGUGGGACGGGUCUACCCUCCGCCACGCCACACCACCAGCAGCCGUGGUCUGUGUGUGUGUGUGAGAGAGAGAGAAAGAGAGAGGGAGCGAGAGAGAGAGAGUAGGAUCCAACAAGCCCGUUUUACAUGUAUCCUCGCCGAACCGACACAUGAGAAAAAUGCCGGGCUAAGUGAGGACUUUGGGGGAACCAGCCGGACCACGCCGCUUGGCUUCUUGUCUUUUUUGUCUGUGAACGGGGGAUAGGCUACGCGAUCACCCACAGAUAUGUCGGGCAAUAUAGAGAACAAGCAAGAGGGGCCGCGCUCCCACCUCUCCUCCCUCAAGCUAUCCACCAUGAAGCUCAUGGACAAGUUCCACUCCCCCAAGAUCAAACGCACGCCAUCCACCAAAGGCAAGCCCCCCUCCCCAGAACCCCCAGCUCCGGCCCCAGAGAAACCAGUCAACAAGAAGGUGUCUCGUCUGGAGGAGCAGGAGAAGGAUGUGGUAAGUGCGUUGCGCUACUUCAAGGCCAUCGUGGACAAGAUGGCCGUGGAUGCCAAAGUUCUGGAGAUGCUCCCUGGCUCGGCCAGCAAAGUUCUGGAGGCCAUCUUACCGCUGGUGCAGGGGGACACUCGCUCACACAACAGUUCGGCGCUGUCCUCCUGUCAUAACCGUGUGUAUCAGAGUCUGGCUAACCUGGUGCGCUGGUCCGAUGAUGUCAUGUUGAAGGGGAUUGACCUAAGUGACAAGGAGACUGUGACAACGGUCACCACGGUGAUUAAAGCUGUGCUCGAUGGUGUGAAGGAGCUGGUAAAACUCACCAUUGAGAAACAGGAACAGCCUUCACCCACAUCCCCUAAACCUGCACCUCCAAUGGCUAAAGCAGAGAGCAUGUGUCAUGUGCCUGAGCGAGACAUGAACAAGACCACACCUGUGACCACGCCCUCUGAGAGCUUGACGAACAUGUCAGAGGAGGAGGCUCCACCCAAACCCCCCCUCCCUGGUCCUAAACUGGCUGAACACAGGGCCAGAAUGCAGAUGGCUGCACAGCUGGCAGUCGCUAGGCAACGGAGAGCCGCUCAGACAGAAAAUGCCCCGAUUCUGCCCCCUAAGAAGCGUGAGUCAUUGCCCGCGCUCACACGCAUCGCCGUGGUGGCACCCAUGAGCCGAGCUGCCAGCGGUAGGAGUUUACCGCCCGGAGCCUUCAAACAGUUACAACAGCAGGACCAAGAGGCGGAGCUACUGCAGAGACGCUUAUCGGCAGACAGCCAAUCGUACAGCAGCGACUCCCCGUGCCUGUCAUCCUGCGGCAUCAUGGGUAAACUGAGCCAGUCAGACGAGCAGCUCUCUGCGCUAGAGAGGGACAGUGGGCAGUGCUCCCGAAACACCAGCUGUGAAACGCUGGAUGGUUACGAUCCCGACUACGACUUCCUGCAUCAGGACCUGUCCGUGCUGGAGUCGCUGCCUCCCUUCCCCGUGCCGGGUGACGGUGGCGGUGGUGGCGGUUCCCUGAGCCCCCUCCCCGAGUGCCUGAGCGAGUGCGGCUCGCCCCCUCCGGUCCCUCCGCCCCUGCCGCCCCUGCCCCCCUCCCUCCGCAGCUCCUCGUCCUCGGGCGCCAUCAUCCCGCCGCCGGCGCUGCCGCUGAAGAAGCGGCGCAGCGUGCCGGUCCUCUCCGUGCACGGGCUCCGCUUGGCGCCGCAGUUCUACCACAGCCAGUCGGAGGAGUGGGACGGCGGGCCGGACAGGCCGCCCACGCCCCCCUUCCCCCUGCUCACGCCGCUGUCGCCCAUGCCCCUGCUCAACGGCGGCGUGUUCACCAGCCAGUACACACACUCGCCGGGCGGCAGCGGAGACGGAGGCUGCCCGCUCACGGACAGUCCCCCGCCACUACCGGAGAAGAAGAGCCGGACGAUCAUGCAGUACAUGGCGUUUGUGGAGGACUACUCGGAGCCGCAGCCGUCCGUCUUCUACCAGACACCGGCCAGCGAGAGCAUCUACAAGCACCGUCUGCGCCGCCUGCAGGAGGUGUACGGCAUCAGCGAGAGCUACGCCGGGGAGCAGACGCCCAUGCAGGCGCCAACACAGGGGCACACGCAGGGGCACACACAGGGGCACGCACGGCCCUCGCCACCACCCGCCCUGCCGCCCAAACAGAGGCAAAUGGUCUCUCAGCUUUCUUCCUCCUCCCUUUGCUCUCGUCCCCUUCCUACUCCUGGUCUUCCAGAGGGGGCGUGUCCUGUGCUCACUCACAGCCUAUCACUCUCUAGCUCCCUCUGUGGCCACACCUCUUUGACCACACCCCUGAACACACAACCAGCUGGGCUGGCCAAUCUCAGCGUAACCUCGGAGGGCGUGGGCUGGUCCACGGCCUCUCUGGCCGGCUCUUUGGCCUCUCUGCCUGCCUGUCACCCCUCUGACAGCUCUCUCACUGACUCUCUACUUACCUCUGCGAGUGAAAGCGCAAUUGAUGAGGGAGGAGAGGGGGAAUAUGUCAACCUGUACUCGAAUGGAAAUGACACAUCCCACUCAGCACCAGUGAGCCUAAUAGGUGAUGUUCUUCCAACCCCGAGAACAUCCUCAUCUAGUAGCAGAGGGACACUGACCAAAGAGAGGCCUGUGGACUUGUCGGAGGAUGUUGAUGAACUCUCCCUUAUUGACCACAAAGACAUCAUGAGCCGCAUCACAUGCAAACAAGAGAAUGAUGACGGGCCAGAUGUAAGGGCUGGCUCGGUUGACAUAUUGUUAGUCCACGCCACAGAGACUGACCGCAAAGAUCUGGUUUUAUACUGUGAGGCGUUUCUGACCACAUACAGAACCUUCAUCACGCCAGAGGAACUCAUCAAGAAACUACACUACAGAUAUACCCGCUUCUGCCACAGUCCUGACACCUUUAAGAAACGCGUCAGUAAGAACACUUUCUUCGUGCUGGUGCGUGUCGUAGAUGAGCUGUGUCUGGUGGAGCUAACGGAGGACAUCCUGCAUCAGCUAAUGGAGCUGGUGUUCCAGCUGCUGUGUAACGGCGAGCUGAGUCUGGCACGCGUGCUGCGCUCCAACAUCCUGGACAAGGUGGACCAGAAGAGGCUGCAGAGGCACAUCCACACCCACGCACCACUGUCCACACGCAUGGUCUCCGCCAGGCCAGGCACUCUCCAUGAUUUCCGAAGUCAUGAAGUUGCUGAUCAGCUCACUCUUCUGGAUGCAGAGCUCUUUUAUAAGAUUGAGAUCCCCGAGGUUCUUCUUUGGGCGAAGGAGCAGAAUGAGGAGAAGAGCCCGAACCUGACCCAGUUCACAGAGCACUUCAACAACAUGAGCUACUGGGUGCGCUCCAUCAUUAUACAGCAGGAAAGAGCACAGGACAGGGAGAAACUUCUGCUCAAAUUCAUCAAGAUCAUGAAGCACUUACGGAAGCUGAACAACUUCAACUCGUACCUGGCCAUCCUGUCGGCUCUGGACUCUGCACCAAUCAGACGUCUCGAAUGGCAGAAACAGACCUCUGAGGGAUUAGAGGAGUACUGUACAUUGAUUGACAGCUCCUCAUCAUUCCGAGCGUACCGUGCAGCUCUGGCUGAAGUAGAGCCUCCCUGCAUUCCCUACCUUGGGCUCAUUCUCCAGGACUUGACCUUUGUUCACCUGGGCAACCCUGACCUGGUCGAAGGGAAGGUCAACUUCUCAAAGCGCUGGCAGCAGUUCAACAUUCUAGACAGCAUGAGACGCUUUCAGCAAGUUAAUUACGAGCUGAAGCGGAAUGAUGACAUCAUCUCAUUUUUCAACGACUUCACGGACCACCUGGCUGAGGAGGCAUUAUGGGAGCUCUCGCUGAAGAUCAAGCCCCGCGGCAAGAAGAUGCCCCGUGAGGAGAAGACCUAGAACCCGCUGCCUGGAACCCUAGGAACCCCCACACACCCCCUUACACACACACACAGCUAAAUCACAUGAACACAAAGGACUACUGAGGCAAACUAAAAGACUCUUCUAAAAGAGACAAGGCUGAUGUUUCAUAAAGCGACUCUUCUCAAGGAGAAAGUGUAUCCUUUUCUGAUUGACAGGAGUGACUCCCGCUGUGGCAGAAGACCCUGAGUGACAAAAACUUUAUCCUUUAACAUACCUUCUAUCUCUCUCUCUCUCACUCACUCACUCACUCACACACACACACACACACACACACACAAAAGGACAAAUAUGGAUGGAAAGUACUGGAAUACUCCUAUAGACUGUGUGUGUCUGCGUGAUUGAACUCAUUUUUGGAUAACACUGUGACCGCAGCAGUGCACUCACACUCAAACUGGAACUUGUUUGGAACCUGGAAUAGACUGGAACUGAUUUUAAAGUGGAUUUAAUGGAGUGUGUGUGCAUCUCUGUGCAGUGUGUGUGUGUGUGUGUGUGUAACUGUGCAUGUCAAAAUGAGUAAAUACACUUACGUGAAGGUUUACAAACUGUGUGGGAUUGCGAACUAUAUGAACAUAGGGAAGACUGUAUAUUUCUGAGUUUGUAAUCUUGCCACUUGCUGUAGAAUAUUGAAGUCUUAACUUCUCUCAGACAUGAAUUAUGCACUCACAUUCACCUGCUUGUGAGGAGCUAGUGGGUCAAGCUUGUACAGGACAUGUACCAGCAUUAUGCCUCUGGCUGAGUGUGUGUGUGUGCGCGUGUGUAUGAGAGAGAGGGAGGAAGAGAGGGAAUGUGUAUAAGCAAGUGUAGGUAAGGAAGUGUGUAUGUGUUUAGAGGCAUUGUGUCUCAGACAUAAAAGCCACGUUCACUGUGCUCUCUUUCACAAAUAAAACACUCCACUCUUUCCCAGA